AUGAGAUUCAAAGAUUUCUUCUGUUGUUUCAGGUGUCAGAAGGAGCCUGAAGAGGACGAAAAUAAUCUUGUUGAGCUUGGGGAAGAAAAUGGCAUUGAGCUGGACGUAGAAAAUGUGAUUGAGCUGGAGAAAGAAAAUGAACCUGAAGAGGACGAAGAUAAUGUUGAUGAGCUCGGGGAAGAAAAUUGCAUUGAGUUGGACGUAGAAAAUGUGAUUGAGCUGGAGAAAGAAAUUGAGCCUGAAGACGACGAGGAUAAUGUUGAAGAGCUCGGGGAAGAAAAUGGCAUCGAGUUAGACGUGGAAAAUGUGAUUGAGGUGGAGAAAGAAAAUGUGCCUGAAGACGACGAGGAUAAUGUUGAUGAGCUGGAGGAAGGAAAUGACGCAAAUGAAUACAGUAUUCGGCCAAGAAAGAAGGACGAAGUGUUGGGCUGGCAACCUUCACUCGACGAUAUUGAAGAAGAAAACGCAAUCGAAUGCAUCUCGAUCGAAGAGAUCUUCGAAGAAGAACAGGAAAACCAAAUUGUUGAAUUAAAGAACAGGAAUGACGAUGAGGGCGAGCCGAAAGAGGACGGGGAUAAUGUUGAUGAUCUGGAGGGAGAAAAUGACGCAAAUGAAUACAGUAUUCGGCCAAGAAAGAAGGACGAAGUGUUGGGCUGGCAACCUUCACUCGACGAUAUUGAAGAAGAAAACGCAAUCGAAUGCAUCUCGAUCGAAGAGAUCUUCGAAGAAGAACAGGAAAACCAAAUUGUUGAAUUAAAGAACAGAAAUGACGAUGGGGACGAGUCGAAAGAGGACGAGGAUAAUAUUGAUGAGCUGGAGGAAGAAAAUGACGCUAAUGAAUACAGUAUUCGGUCAAGAAAGAAGGACGAAGUGUUGGGCUGGCAACCUUCACUCGACGAUAUUGAAGAAGAAAACGCAAUCGAAUGCAUCUCGAUCGAAGAGAUCUUCGAAGAAGAACAGGAAAACCAAAUUGUUGAAUUAAAGAACAGGAAUGACGAUGAGGGCGAGCCGAAAGAGGACGGGGAUAAUGUUGAUGAUCUGGAGGAAGAAAAUGACGCAAAUGAAUACAGUAUUCGGCCAAGAAAGAAGGACGAAGUGUUGGGCUGGCAACCUUCACUCGACGAUAUUGAAGAAGAAAACGCAAUCGAAUGCAUCUCGAUCGAAGAGAUCUUCGAAGAAGAACAGGAAAACCAAAUUCUGGAGGAAGAAAAUGACGCUAAUGAAUACAGUAUUCGGUCAAGAAAGAAGGACGAAGUGUUGGGCUGGCAACCUUCACUCGACGAUAUUGAAGAAGAAAACGCAAUCGAAUGCAUCUCGAUCGAAGAGAUCUUCGAAGAAGAACAGGAAAACCAAAUUGUUGAAUUAAAGAACAGGAAUGACGAUGAGGGCGAGCCGAAAGAGGACGGGGAUAAUGUUGAUGAUCUGGAGGAAGAAAAUGACGCAAAUGAAUACAGUAUUCGGCCAAGAAAGAAGGACGAAGUGUUGGGCUGGCAACCUUCACUCGACGAUAUUGAAGAAGAAAACGCAAUCGAAUGCAUCUCGAUCGAAGAGAUCUUCGAAGAAGAACAGGAAAACCAAAUUGUUGAAUUACAGAACAGGAAUGAUGAUGGGGGCAUAAAUUCCUCGAGCCCCUCAACGUGGAUCCAAUCGUUGGACGAUCUGUUCGCGUCACGGCUCAAGUUUGACACGCACGAUACCGUGUUCAACCGGCACUACAUCACGCACGCCACGGAGCGGACUGGUAGAGCGCUGUACGAGCAGAAAAUCCGCAUACCGGGCGGACGGGACACCUUCAUCCCGCUCGAGAAGGGUGACGCCUCGAUGAAGAUGGCAUUCAGUAUCGGGAGAACCCAAAGCUGUACACCAAAAGCCCACAUGCUCCGAUGGUGGUCCACUGGCGAGUUCGUGCUGCUCGGCAGAAACAAUUGA